CGGAAAAGUGGCUGGGCCUAUAAGAGGGGCAGAGGCAGGGACAGAAGCUACCUCGGUCACAGAGGUAACUUCAGUGACGGGGGAAAAUGGCUGAGUACUUGAGGCUGCCCCAAUCCCUGGCGCUCAUCCGCCUGCGAAACCCGCCUGUCAACGCGGUCAGUGUGGCUGUACUCCGUGGAAUAAAAGAUGGACUACAGAAAGCUAUAUCAGACCAUACAAUAAAAGCCAUUGUGAUUUCUGGAUCAAACGGCAAAUUCUGUGCAGGUGCGGAUAUCCAUAGCUUCAGCACUCCUCAAUCCUCUGGCAUCGGAUUGGGAGGUGUAGUAGAUGAACUGCAGAGAAAUAAGAAGCCUGUGGUGGCAGCUAUCGAAGGCGUGGCUUUAGGAGGGGGACUGGAGCUGGCCUUGGGCUGUCACUAUAGGAUUGCACAUGCAGAGACUGAGAUUGGCUUCACAGAAGUCACUCUGGGAAUCCUUCCUGGUGCAAGAGGAACCCAGCUUCUUCCCAGACUCAUUGGACUUUCUGCUGCACUUGACCUGAUAACCUCAGGAAGACGUAUUUUGGCAGGUGAAGCACUCAAGAUGGGGAUUGUGGAUAAAGUUGUGAACUCAGAUGUGCUUGAAGAAGCAAUCAAAUUUGCCCAGCAAAUUGUUGAUAAACCUGUGGAACCACGCAGAAUCUUGAACAAGCCAGUUCCGAGCUUGUCCAACAUGGACACCAUUUUCAGUGAGGCCUUUAUCAAGAUGCGGAAGCAGUACCCUGGCGUUCUUGCUCCAGAGACCUGUGUCCGUGCAGUGCAGGCCUCUGUGAAGUAUCCCUACGAAGUGGGCAUUAAGGAGGAGGAGAAGCUCUUUCGGUACCUAAGGGAAUCAGGGCAGGCCAGAGCCCUGCAGUAUGCUUUCUUUGCAGAAAGGAUUGCAAAUAAGUGGUCAACUCCCUCUGGGGCAUCCUGGAAAACAGCUUCAGGGAGACCCAUCUCUUCAGUUGGUGUUCUUGGUUUGGGAACAAUGGGCCGAGGCAUUGCCAUUUCCUUUGCAAUGGCUAGGAUCCCUGUGAUUGCCAUAGAAUCAGACCAAAAGCAACUAGAAGCUGCAAAGAAGGCAGUAGCUUCCAUCUUGGAAAAGGAAGCAUCCAAAAGGCAGCAGAGUGGCAAAGCAUGGUCAGCACCAAAACUCAUCUUUGCUUCAUCUGUGAAGGAGCUUGCUGAUGUCGAUUUAGUCGUGGAGGCAGUAUUUGAGGACAUGAACCUGAAGAAGCAGGUCUUUGCUGAACUGUCAGCUGUGUGCAAGCCAGGAGCAUUUUUAUGCACCAACACAUCAGCCCUUGAUGUGGAUGAGAUUGCUGCUGCCACGGAUCGUCCACAGCUGGUGAUUGGCACCCACUUCUUCUCACCAGCACAUGUCAUGAGGUUGCUGGAGGUUAUUCCCAGCCAUUACUCUUCCCCCACCACCAUUGCCACUGUUAUGGAUCUAUCAAAGAAAAUUAAAAAGAUUGGGGUAGUUGUAGGCAACUGUCAUGGCUUUGUUGGCAACCGAAUGUUGGCUCCAUACUACAAUCAAACCUAUUUCUUGUUAGAAGAAGGAAGUAAGCCAGAGGACAUAGAUGGGGUGCUGGAAGGGUUUGGUUUUAAAAUGGGGCCCUUUAGAGUAUCUGACCUUGCUGGCUUGGAUGUGGGCUGGAAAGUUCGCAAAGGGCAAGGCCUUACUGGGCCUGCAUUGCCUGCAGGGACUCCUGCACGCAAGAGGGGCAAUGCAAGAUACUGCCCAAUUGCUGAUAUGCUGUGUGAAUCAGGAAGAUUUGGCCAGAAGACAGGCAAGGGCUGGUACCUCUAUGACAAGCCACUAGGUAGGAUUCACAAACCUGAUCCCUGGCUUUCCAAGUUUCUGUCUCAGUACAGAGAAACCUAUCACAUUGAGUCCCGUGUGAUUAGGCAGGAUGAGAUCCUUGAGCGCUGCUUGUAUGCACUCAUCAAUGAAGCUUUCCGUAUCUUGGGAGAAGGCAUGGCUUCCAGCCCAGAGCACAUUGAUGUUAUCUACUUGCACGGGUAUGGGUGGCCAAGGCACCAGGGUGGGCCCAUGUUCUAUGCUUCCACGGUGGGCUUGCCCACAGUUCUAGAGAAGUUGCAGAACUAUCACAGGCAGAACCCUGAUAUUCCCCAGCUGGAGCCUAGUAACUACCUAAAAAAGCUGGCUGCCCAGGGAAACCCUCCUCUGAAAGAAUGGCAGAGUUUAGCAGGGCGGCCCUACAGUAAACUGUGAUUCAGCUAGUGGUUUGUGAGCACCUGCUGGCUUCCAGGAAAGCUCACUUAAUUUCAGUGAAAUUGAAUCUCAGGAUCCAAGUAAGAAUGCUAAGAAAUAUGAAGAUAAUCAGCAACAUUAAUAAUAAUCCUUCAGUUAACGCUCCUUUGGAUUUCUUCCUGAUGAUUAUGAUGAGUCAAGUGUUUUGGAAUGUGCUUCCUUUCUUCUUAAUGUGUUCCUGUCAGACAGCCUUAAGGAAUAAGCUCAUGUACAUAAAAUAGCACAUUAUUAAAUGAGAGACGUUGAGGAAUAAAUAUACUAGUGAGUGGCAAAAUAUCAAUUAAUAAAUGAUAAAUUCAGCUGAGUUAUGCAAUAGUUUUGACCUACAUCCUCAGAUAGACAGGAGUCUUUGGGGCCACAUUCACAUGCAGCAUCUGAGCACUUUGGGCUCACCUGAGUCUACAGUGGCAAUCAUCCAGCAUGGAAGCCCAUGCUGUGGCCCGUGGAGAUGGCUGUCAGCAGCAGUCAGCAGGGAGGGUCUGUAGGAGGGGCAUGGAAAGCUGCCCAAGGACAGACAGAAGUGGAGACCUGAAAAGGUGAGACAGGAAUUGGUGAGGCAUUGAAGGCAACUCAAGGGGAGCCUGGCUGCCCAUGUGCACACACAUUCUAAGGCCAAGGCACAUGUGCCCAUUUAUGUCAUGCUUGCUGGCUUCUUGGUACUAUUUCUUGCUCCAUGCCCAGGUCAGGGAAUGUUCACACCCAAAUCUAGUCUUUAUGGUCAUAUUCCUUUAAAGAGAAGGAAUACAAAGUAUUAUUCAUGUUAUCUAGAAAGGGAUCUUAGAGAAUGCCUAGUCUUCAAGGCUUUCUAAGUUCUGUGAUAGAGUAAGGGUGCCUGUUUUCUUGUCAUGACAAGCCUUGGUGACAUCAUAUAUGGAAAUGUUUGAAUCCAGAAACAUCUAAGAUGAUUACAAAACAAAUAUUGCAGAGUUUAGUUCUUUUACUAAAAGUUUUUGCUUUGGAUUUUUCCAAUGUGAUGAAAAGUUAAUGAACUAGUCAGUAGAAAAACUUAUAUCCUCAAAUGUUAAUAGCAGAAAAUUACAAUAGUCCAAAUUGAAAACAUCCCAACUGUGUAUUAACGAAUUACUUGAUAAACAAAUAAGGUAUGUCCAUACAAUGGACAAGUAUUCAGUCAUGAAGGGAAAUGAAGUGUUUAUGUUUGCUAUGUGAUAAUCCUUGAAAACAUUAUGCUAAGUGAAAGUAUCCAAUUAGAAAGACCAUGUAUUUUAUAGGCCUUUAUGUGGAGUAUCCAGAUGAGAUAAACCUGUAAGAAGCAAAAAGUAGAUUUGGCAUUGCCUGGAGCUAGAAUUUUGGGAGAAAAUUGAAUUGGUAAGGUCAGAUACUGCUAAAUAGUACAGAAUUUUUGGGGGGUUUGAUAAAAAUGUUCUGCUGUUGUUGUGGUUGUGAUUGUAUACAUAGCAUAUACAAAUAAAACCCUUUGUUUUGU